GCCAUUGCUUUAUCCAACUGCGCAACUGAGUUCUUCGCAUCCAUCACCCUUUCGUUGACUAUUUUGCGUACUCAUCUACUAGUACUUACGAUGAACUCUCUGCGGCUCUUCAGCCGGGCUCUGCCCAAGGCCUCAUUACGCCAAUCUGCCAUCCGAUACUCUCCCUCAGUUUCGAGGUUUACAGCUCGCCGACCAAUAUGGCAACCCGCAAUGCGAACAUCAUACCCUGCGUUCUCGACUUCUACAUUCCACAGAGAACCCGCGGGGGACUCCGAUCUCGAGCUCGCCGAGAAGCUGAAUUCCGAACGACAGCUCGAAUUGGAAAACAACGACGAGAGCACAGUUGCCGCCAUCGAUGACUUCUUGAAGACCCACCCUUGGGAAGUGCAAGAUAAGCCUGGUACACAUGAAGUCACAUUGACAAGGGAGUUUGGUAAUGAAAAGAUCAAGGUUUCCUUGAGCGUUGCCGAGAUCGACAACAUGCCCGAAGAGGACGAAUUCGGCGGAUUAGAUGAAGAUGGCUCCCUUGAAGACGAAGCAGACUACGGCUCGAAUAAGGCGACCAUCAACCAGUCAGGUACAAGAGGAGGCAAAGUUGAUGUGAUGCCAGAGGACAGCAUCGCACCUGCCGAUAGAGAGGGAGAGGAUGCCGCCGGUAUGACGAGCGAGACACCAGCCUACCCUAUCCACCUGACAAUCACCAUUACGAAACCUGGUAAAAAAGCCCUUGAGAUACGAGCUGUUGCGCAGGAGGGUACUGUCGAAAUCGAUACCAUCAGCUUUUUCCCCAAGGAGUCGCUGCUGGAGGCGCAGAACCCCAAAGAUGCUCAAGAGGCUCGCAGUCUGUAUGCUGGUCCAACAAUUGGCAACCUUGACCCCGACCUCCAGGCCAUGCUCGAGAAGUACCUUGAAGAGAGAGGAAUUGAUGCAGAAUUGGCUACCUUCUUGUUUGAAUAUGUCGACUACAAGGAGCAACGAGAAUAUGUUAAAUGGCUCGAUGAUGUGAAGUCCUUCGUCGAGGAGUAAAUACUCGUCGGCUUUAGGCGUUGUAAUCUCCAAAUUCGCUCCUGUCCUAUCUAGACCCUCCACUUUCGGCAGAAGCUUGAUAUCAAAUUGGUGUACAUUAUGUGAUGAGGCAAAUUGUAGCCCGACAAUGCAAUUAUCAGAUACCCUUUGGAUGCGCUCUCAAAACUGGGCUACCACCAGUGCAGUCUCUAACGAGCACUCUUUUAGCUCUAUUUUCUUGUGACUGAUCAGGGACGGUCCGAGUGUAGUAACCAGACUUAGUACAUGCCAUGCGCG